UUCCUAGUUAGAUCCCCCUUUGGGGACGUUGGAAGUUCGAACGUUCUGUUGCCCCAUCGGGAUUUUUCCCGGGGAAUCGCGGGGCGCUAUGUGGCGGGGCAGCCUCUGCCUGCGGCUGUUGCAGACACUGAAGUCUCGGGGAAGCGCUGCUGCCCCUGGAAGCCCCAAAGGUGCCCAAGGAUGGCUUGAUGCCGUGACUCGAGAGGCCGCGACAACUUCCUUCUUUCCCUCGUGGAUCUCCCUGGUAGGAUUGCGAACGUUUAGCACUGUAGAGAAAUCUGAGCUCUCGGGUGGAGAAGAAGGAGCCGGAGCGGAGCUUCAGAACGUGCAAGAAGUGGAUAGAGGUGAGCAGGAAUCGAGCAUCAGUUCAGACCCUGUUCCUUCAGUAUUCAGCAUUGAUGAUAUGGUAUCACUUAUGAGACAAGAAAAUGCCAAAGAUAUUUGUGUUAUCAAUUUGCCUCCAGAAAUAAAAUACAGCAAUUAUUUUAUAAUUGCCAGUGGAUCUUCUGCAAGACACCUUCAUGCCAUGGCACAAUACUUGGUUAAAACCUACAAGCAUAUGAAGAAUGAUACUGAUCCUCAUGUUCUGAUAGAAGGAAAAGAGACUGAUGACUGGCUAUGCAUUGAUUUUGGCAAUAUUGUAGUCCAUUUCAUGUUGCCAGAGACACGAGAAAUCUACGAGUUGGAAAAGUUGUGGACACUCCGCUCUCAUGAUGAUCAGUUGACACAGAUGGUUCCAGAAUCUUUACCUGAUGACUUUGUGUUUGAGCUAGAUUCUAAACUGCAGUGAUGUAACCUCACAUCUAAGGAUCAGAAGGAACUCUGCACAAAAAAUUCUUUGGUCAGCUGAGUUACUGAGCCAAUUCUUGGGAAGAACAAGACAAAAUGGAGCACAUCAACCUGCAACUACCAAUUGUCAUCAUUAGGUACUAUUGAUAAGUACAAGUAGUGCUUUACUUACAACCAUUCAUUUUGUGACCAUUCAAAAUUACAAUGCACUUUAAAAAGUGAUUUAGAAUUGUUUUUCACAACUGUGCAGCAUCCCCAAGGUCCCAUGAACAAAAUUUGAAUGUGUGGCAAUUGGUUCAUGUUUACGGGUUGCACUAUCCAAGGAUCACGUGAUCAUCUUUUGCAACUUUCUGACAAGCAAAGUCAAGGGGGAAGCCAGAUUCACUUAACAAUGAUGUUACUGACUGACUACAGGGAUUCAUUUAACAACCAUGGCAAGAAAGGUCAUAAAAUGGGGGAAAAUUUGCUUAACUGUCUUGCUUAAAACAGAAAUUGUGGUCAUUAAAUAGAAGACUACCUGCAGUAGAACUUAUCAAUGGGAAGUAAUGUCCUGUGGGAAAGACAGUGGCUCUUGUUGCAAAGGCAAAAGCUUUUAACAUGAAUAAUAGUUAUUAGAAAUAAUUCCUAUUGACAUUGGGGUCUUUUGGUUAGUGACUGUUUGAUUGCUGUGCUACUUAUGUCAUCAGUUAAAUAAAAUUGCUUUGAAAUAUUUUUAAAAUUAAUCU